AGAACGAGGCCAUUUGUUACGAUUCAGCAAAUUUACUAGCUCAAGGAGAUUCAAAAUUGACUAGCAAAGACGCGCGCUUGAUAAACGCUUGGUACCCCUGGAAUUUUCACCGCUACAUUUGGAUCGCCUAUCUAUAUCGCGUAUAUUGUGACAGCCAACGGUACAGUCAACGUUUCUGACGUGAUAAUUAUUCCAACAACAUGGCGUCUGCUACGGUACCAUUGUUGAUGGAUGACGAUACGAUCGCUUUUGGGGAGGAGGAAACUGCCCAGGACUCAGAGAGAUUGAGACACCCGUACGUUACGACGUUUCACUUGUUCUUCAGGGUAGCAGCCAUUGUGGUUUACUUGGUAUGCGGAUUAUUUUCCUCAAGCUUUAUUGGAAGCUUCGUUGUCGUUGUGCUGCUACUCUCAAUGGAUUUUUGGACCGUUAAAAAUAUAACUGGAAGAUUGAUGGUCGGACUGAGGUGGUGGAAUUAUGUUGACGAUGAUGGAAAAAGCCAUUGGGUUUUUGAAUCAAGAAAGGGCUCACAACAGAAUCGGAUCAGUGCAGCUGAAGCUCGGAUAUUUUGGCUUGCCUUGAUCCUGUGCCCUCUUGCUUGGUCGAUUUUUUUUAUAGUAGCCUUCUUUAGUGGGAGUUUCAAGUGGCUGCUUCUGGUAUGCAUAGCUAUUACUUUGAAUGGUGCGAACCUUUAUGGCUACAUAAAGUGUAAGAUGGAAAAAAAUCAGAACAUUUCAGCAGCAGCCGGUGAUUUCUUCAAGACCCAAGUACUGAAUAAUGUAGCUACAAUGAUGUCUCGAAGUCCACCAACCAACACUCCAGGACAAACGAUAAAUGUGAUAUAAUAUAUUGAUCUUCAGCAUUAAACAUUCGAAAAGUUGUACAUAUAUAUAAUAAUUGUAAUAAUCAUAUUAUAUGAUCAUCGAUUAUGAAGCAAAUGUUCCUUCAAACCAAGCAUUAUUCUUACUUUUUUUCCAUACACAUACAUAUAGGUAUAUGAAUAUAAAUCCACCUGUCUGUCUGUAAAGGGUGUAAAAAAGAAAGAGUCAAAAGAGUUUACCAAAUAGGAUGAAAAAAAGAAUUUAUAAUUUUAACGAUGUUGUCAAUUCUAUCAGUGUAUAGUUACUACAAAUAUUAAAGAAUUAUUUAACCAA